CGGAGACAGCUCGUUCCGUCCUGGAAGAAGGGCCCGUCACCGUCACGACGCGCGUGGCACGCACCGUCCUCCCGACCAUGUCAACCGCGAGAGCUCUGGCAUCGCCCCCGGCGCGGUCCCUCGCGCCCCGGGCCUCGACCCGACGGCGCGACGCGCGCGCGCGCCUCGUCCGCGGCCGAUCCCUGAAGCUUCCCCGAGGGCCGAAGCUUCCGCGCCUCGGCCCCGCCGCGGGUGUCGCCGCCGCCGCCGCCGCCGCCUCGGACGACGACGCCGCGUCAUCCGUCGCGGAGACGUCCGACGAGGAGGCCGACGCCGACCGGCGCAGGCGCGAGGCCGAGGACAGGGCCAACCUGCAGGACAGGCUUCGGACCUCGAUGGAGGCUGCGGCGAGGGCUGAGGAUUUUCAGCUCGCCGCGCGGCUCAGGGACGAGCUCAACGAGGCGCUUGAGAGGGACGAACACCACGUGGCGAAGCGGCAACUGGCGACGGCGAUCGACGAGGAGAGGUUCGAGGACGCCGCGCGUCUCAGGGACCUCGUGGCGUCCCUCGAGCCCCCGCCCCCGCCCCCCGCCGUUAAAGUUCCGUGCCACAGCGACGUCACCACGGAGGGGGUCAACGUCCGCGUGAUGUCCACGUACGUGGCGAGCCGGAGCAGGCCGGAGAGCGGCCAGUACUUCUUCGCGUACACCGUUCGCGUCACGAACCGCACGGCGAAGAUCGUGCAGCUCAGGCGCAGGCGGUGGAUAAUCACCGACGGCGAAGGUCGCGUCGAGGAGGUUGCCGGACCGGGCGUCGUCGGGCAACAGCCGGUGCUGCUGCCCGGGCAGACGUUCGAGUACGCCUCCGCCUGCCCGCUGCGGACGCGCGUGGGGACCAUGGAGGGCACGUACACGUUCGCGUGGCUGGUGGCGACGCCCGCCGCGGAGCUCGAGGACGGCGACGGCGAGGACGGCGACGGCGAGGACGGCGCCGGCGAGGACGGCGAGGAGGGCAAAGACGGGGAGAAGGAGGAGGAGGAGGCGCCGAGGAAGGAGGACGCGAGGGACAUGGACGAGUUCUCCACCGCGUUGACGUUUCUGCGGGAAGGAGAGCAAUCCGAGUUCGAGGUGGAGAUUGGACUGUUCGGAUUGGACGCCGACGUGGGUGCGAGCACGCAGUGACGAGCGGGAAUAAGUGUCUUACUUAAGGGUUAGCGACGAAGAGAAAUGCACGGGAAAAAUAAGUGUU